GUACAAAUUUCAUACACGCACGUGUGAUUUGUUUUUCUAUGUAUUUCUUUGAAUUUAAAUAAAGUUAUGUCACGUUUAAUAAUUAAAAAUCUACCAAAUAAGGUAACUGCACAGAACCUAAAAGAUAUCUUCAGUGAGAAAGGAGAAAUUACAGAUGUCCAACUAAAAUAUACAAAAGAUGGAAAGUUCAGGAAUUUCGGAUUUAUUGGAUACAGAACAGAGGAACAAGCCCAAGCUGCCAGGGAAUAUUUUGAUGGUACGUGUAUCAAGUCCAUGAAAAUAGAAGUACAAGUCUGCGCCAACUUGGGAGACGAAAAGAAGCCUAGGGCUUGGAGCAAAUAUGCGCCAGACAGCACAGCUUACAAGAAAAUACACAAGGAUGACAACAAUGACAAAAAAGUUGAAAAAAAGCAACAGAAAAAGAAUGAAAAAAAUAAAAAUAAGAUUGUUGAAUUGCUCAAAAAGCAUAAAGAAGACCCACUGUUUGCGGAGUUCAUAGAAGCUCAUGUCAAUGACAAAACAGCAUGGAUCAAGGAAGCCUUUGAAAAGGCCGCCAAUAGUGACGAUGAGGACUCCGGUGUGGAGGAUGAAAAGCCUGCUGCCACAGAGACCACAGCAGUUGCAAAGGAAAACGAAACAGAAACAAAAAAUAGGAAAGUGGAAGAUGACAAUGACACUACAAAACAAAGUAGUAAAGUGGAAGAUAAAGUAGCUAAUAAGCAAAUUAGUGACUUAGAGUAUAUGAAACUACUAAUGAAAAGAGUUUAUGGUCCAAUACAAGAAAGUGAAAAUCCAGUACAGGAACAAACAGUAGAGGAACAGACAGAAGAAAAGCCAGUAAAGAAAAUAAGAAAUCGACAAUUAUUCCAUAUUAAGAUAACAGGCCUACCCUAUAAAUGUAAGAAGAAAGAUAUAAAAGAGUUUUUCAGACCCUUGGUGCCUUACUCAAUAAGAUUACCACUUAAAGCUAAAGGAAAAAAAGUUGCAGGAUUUUGUUAUGUCGGAUUUAGGACAGAAAAUGAACUAAAAAAAGCACUCAAGAAAGAUAAAUUAUUUAUAGCAAAUCACCGAAUACAUAUCAGUCAAUAUGAAGAUAAAGCAAAAAAAGCAGCUGAAGAAGAAGAACAAUUUAAUCAAAAGAGAAGAAAAGAGCAAGAGAGUAAUGAAGAAAGUAUUGGUGAAAGUGGGAGUAUAUUUGUGAGGAAUUUGCCUUAUGUCAUCUCAGAGGAAGAAAUCACAAACUUAUUUGAAAAAUAUGGGCCACUAGCCGAAGUGAACAUGCCGAUAGACAAGGUCCUCCGGCAGCCGAAGGGCUUUGCCACCGUCACGUUCGUGAUGCCAGAACACGCCGUCAAGGCUUUCACGGAACUGGACGGCACGACUUUCUGCGGCCGCAUGCUGCACCUGCUGCCCGCUAAAACAGAGGCGCUUGAGGAUGCCGAUGAUAAUGACGAUGGACUCACAUUCAAAGAGAAGAAAGCAAAAAAGCUGAAGGCCCAAGCGAAGUCGUCCCACAACUGGAACACUUUGUUCCUGGGAGCCAACGCAGUCGCCGACGUCGUGGCCGCCGCCUACAGCACCACCAAGGAACAGCUGCUCACCGAAACCAACAAAAACACAAGCGCCGCUGUAAGAUUAGCGCUGGGAGAAACUCAACUGGUUGCCGAGACACGCAAAUUCCUCGAAACCAAUGGAGUGUAUUUGGAUGCUUUUAGUAAGCCAGCAAAAAGAAGGUCGAAAACAUGUAUAUUAGUGAAAAAUUUACCAGCUAACACAGAGGCGAGUGAAGUCAAGCAGUUAUUUGAACGGCACGGUCAUAUUGCCAGGUUCCUGAUGCCAGAACACGGUAUAACAGCACUGGUAGAUUUCAUUGAGCCCUUCGAAGCUAAGAAGGCGUUUAGCAAACUAGCUUAUUCCCAAUUUAAGUCAUCGCCUUUAUACUUAGAGUGGGCGCCAGAGAAUGUAUUUGUUAAAUCAGCUGAAAAGACAGAGACCGAUAGCAAUGAACAGACAGAAAUUAAAAAAACUGAUACUGUAGAAACAUUUGAAAGUAAAAAACAUGUACCAGAAACUAAGAAGGUAGAAACGCAAAUUCAGGACACCAAAGACAGUGUGGUUGAAACUGAAGUAUUGGGAGAACCAGAAAACGAUACGACGUUGUUUGUCAAAAAUCUUAAUUUUAUAACUACAGAAGAUUCGUUGAAAAGGCAUUUCUCGCGAGCUGGAGCAGUCCACAAUGUCACGAUAGCCAAGAAGAAAGAUCCGAAAUCACCAGGACAAUUCUUAUCGAUGGGAUACGGCUUCGUUCAAUUCUACAAAAAACUGGAUGCUAAUGAAGCUCUUAAAUUAUUACAAAAUUCUAAUUUAGAUGGGAAGGCAUUGGAGCUGAAGCGCUCUGAAAGGGGAAACACGACGGAAAUCCAAACAAGUAAAAAAAGCACUAAGCAUUCCGCACAGAAUGGUACAAAGAUUCUCGUACGCAACGUGCCAUUCCAAGCGAACAGAAACGAGCUCCACGAAAUAUUCAGAGCUUUUGGCGAAAUAAAAACGUUGAGACUGCCAAAAAAAUUGACUCCAGGUUCGGACCAGCAUCGUGGUUUUGCUUUUGUAGACUACCACUCCAAGGCCGAUGCAAAGAGUGCAUUUGAGUCGUUGUGUCAUUCAACUCAUUUGUACGGUCGACGAUUGGUGUUGGAAUGGGCCGAUCAAACGGAUGAGAAUGAAGAUGUGGACACACUAAGGAAAAGGACCGCAGAAAAAUUCAAUGCUAAGACGCCUGGCGGCAAAAAGUCGAGAAAGGGAGCCGUAGAUGUUGAAAUGUUUGUUGAUGGUGAUAAAUAAAUUUAUUUACAAAAUGGGA